AUGGCGCAGAAGACGACAAAAAAGAAGGUGAAAGAAGACGAUUUGGAUGAAAUGAAGAAGCUGAAAAAGAAGAAGAGAACUGUACCACUCUUGCUGAAUAUUGAUGACCGAAUCCCAUUGAGAACGCAUCCUGAGCUCUCCCUCCGUUCGAAUCGAGGCGCUCAGGACAGCCUUGGUUCCGCCAGAGAAAGGUCCUCCGGGGCGCUAUAUAGCCGUGGCGACGCCUUCCCUUGGCACAGUGCAACCUUUGGCACCUCGACGUUCCUCCCCGCCUUCGCUCCGACCGCCAUGAUGCCCCGGUUCUCAAUGAUGCUGGCGCUCGCCCUUGUGGGAGCCGUCCACGCCGACAAGAUGUUCAGCCCGCCCGCUCCUCCCGCCCCAGGAUACUCGUACGGCGCCCCGGACCUCAGGGCCGACGCCUCCACUCUCGACCAGCAGGAACAGGACCCCAUCGCCGCCCUGGCCGCCAACAUCCCCGGCGGAGGCGUCCCUGGCGAGGACUACCCCAUCCUGGCCUCCGUCCCCGACACCGGCUUCUCGUGCGAGGACCAGGAAUUCCCAGGCUACUAUGCUGACACCGCCCCGGAGGCCGGCUGCCAAGUGUUCCACAUCUGCCAGUUCGACGGCCGCCACGACGCCUUCCUGUGCCCCAACGGCACCAUCUUCAACCAGCAGUACUUCGUGUGCGACUGGUGGUUCAACGUGGACUGCGCCGCGUCCGAGCAGUUCCGAAGUCUCAACGCGGACAUCGGCAAGAUCCCCGAAGACGCCGCUGCCUCCGUUCGCGACGACGUCGUGGCACCCGACCAGCUCUAUGGCACUCCCGAGGAGCGCCAGGCACCUCCUCCAACCCCCUCUCAGUCGUAUGGAAGACCCAAUAGGUUCUAAAUCAUCAGUGUCUCCUCUCCGGAUCUCACCGCUUCUCAACUGUUUAUUUAUGAAUAAAAUUUAUCCGAGACAUGA